CGAGAGAGAGACUCACAGGUACUUUUUGCUUACAAUGGAUUGGAGAACUAUAGGCUACAUUUGUAUUCCUGCAUGUGAAGAAAACAAAUGCUUCCUUUUUUUGUGGUAAUAUUUUUCUGUAUUUACUUGAGCUGGACUUCACAAAGUGGUGCGAAACCUGUGAUGUUUUCCCGGUGCAUUGAGAACGUUCCAGAUUUCAUUAGGUGAGCUUUAAUUGAAGCGAGGAAAUCUAAACUAUUCAGAUGUGUCUGCAAAUAUGAUCUGUGAUCUAGAAAUCAUGCCAAAAGUUUUGUAUUUAGCAUAUUUUGUGUAGUUUUGAAUCAAGCAUUUAUUUUUUAUAGAUUAAAAACAAAUCUGGUCUGUGCCCUAAAACUAUUGGACUCCACUGUACGUAUUUAUCCUUUUCAUUGAUUUUUGAGUUAGAAAAAAACCUCAUGUGAAUGAGUGGGCAUUAUUAAGUCACAUGUGUCUGUCUGCAGCUGUGUCUCACAAACUUUAGUUUCACAUCAGACUAUUUAUAGAUUAUAGAUGUCCCCAAAGACACAAUCGACAGUGUUAAAAACAGAACAAAGCUCCAUUGACAUUCAUUCAGAAUGCGAGAGGUAUAAUUGACCUACUGCCGCUUUCAUAAACUCUCAAAGAGGGUUUGUUUUCGCAGGUCAGGUGUUAAAUAUGCUUCAAAGGUCUUAACUGAGACUCAUUUGAAAACAGAAUUUCCUGACGUGUUGUGCAGAUCUAUUUUUAUGAUAUAUUUAUGAUAUCUUCUCCAAAGUUUCACAGAAAUUUUGUACUCUAAAUGUUUUUAUCCUGACCAUCUUUCAAGAGUUUAAGACUCUAAGAUGGCAACAGACUCUGCAUUACAGCCCAGUCGUUUGGACCGCACCAGUAGCUACCUCCAGUUGGUGGAUGCUUUUGCAUAUUCACUGGGUGAACUGGAGCAACAAAUGGUUUAUGCACAGGAGACAGAUGAAGAUCCAGAUCCCUCUUUGUUCGUACAGAUCGAGGUAGAGAUGAGCGGUGUGUGUCUGGAGUAUCCUGGGGCUGAUGGAGAUGUUGUGGGCACGAGUGUGAGUGUGUUGGAAAAACUGAUACACACACAUCCCAUCUGGCUUCUGCUUUCCAUCGACCAGCAAGAGGCGACAAACAUUCUACUGAAACAACCAGCUGGGGUGUUUUUGGUGUGGAGAUCCCAUGUCUUACAGAAGAAGGUCUUGUCUUUCCACGUGGAUGAAACCUCAGAUUCGGUCAUACACAUCCCUGUUAAAGAGAGCCAGUACACAUUUUCUCUGGAGGAAUCAGGAAUCAGUUUUGCUGACCUGUUUCAUCUUGUGGCCUUUUAUUGUAUAAGCAGGGACAUUUUGCCAUCCACCCUGAAGCUUCCGGAUGCCGUUGGCUCAGCUGAAACUCUUUCUGAUCUGCAUGAGGUUGCCCAGCGAGGGGCAGCGUUUUGGAAGUCUGCUCUCAACCGUCAACACAAGAAACUUUGUAUCCCAGACGGUUUUCUGGAUCACGAGAGAGGACCAUUCUCUGACAUCUCACAGAUUGAGGAUCAAACUGGCCUUUUCCUAAAUACUUCAGAAGGUGGAAAAAAUUGCGCCAGUGCUUUGUCUUUUAUCAACCCGGUCUUUUAUCAACAACAGCAUCCCGCUGGAAACACAGUCGUGAUUGCAAAGGACCCGACAACAGCCAACGGAAAAUCUGGUCCGCCUCCUCCACCAAGACCUCCGCCACCACGUAUUUUGGUUCGUAGACCUUCACCUCCUGGUCCGAGAAGUAUGCCGUUAAACAUCAACUUUAACAGACUCAGCCAGAGAUCCAAGUCUGGCUCCAAGGGAUCCAAACAAUCCUCUUCCAAAAAACCUCCGCCACGACCUCCUCAAGCUCCAGAUAUUGACAAUUACCGCUGCACCAUUGCAUUGGACGACGAAACGAUCUCUAGAGCCCUGUCCCGAGCCAACCUGCCCCACACUCCCUUAAACCAAACCAACAAAAACGUCCUACAGCAAUGGACAGGACCUGAAGAGAAAGGACGAAGCUCGAGCGGCCGAAGUUUUUCCACUUCAUCAUCUGACUCUCUGGAUUCUCCUCCAAAGCCUCUCCCGUUGAGCCUGUUCCCAAGCACGGCUCCCGGCCUCUCCACGGAUGACAGCAGUGGUGAGUACGAGGAAGAAGAGGAAGACUACGGUGUGGGGCUUGAGAAAGACCUGCAUCUCCGGCUUAGUGCUUCCCGCAAGUCAAAGAAAAUAAUGGCGGUGGAAUUAGCGGGGGCUCGUCCGAGAUCGUUCGUUAUUUUACCACAGGCGUUUAGGGGACGCUUCCGGAAGGUCCGAGGUGUCCUCAAUGUUCUGGCUACACCUGAGAGACGCAUCUUGCUGCGGAUCAUUGAGCUAGCACAGGAUAAAGGUUCUUACUUUGGGUGUCUGGUGCAAGACUACGUGAGCUUUGUGCAGGAGAAUAAAAACUGCCAAUCGUCCAGCCAAGAUCUUCUGAAGACACUACGACAGUUCAUGACCCAGAUGAAGGCCUAUCUCAUACAGAGCUCAGAGAUUAACCCACCCAUUGAGUCUUACAUACCUGAAGACCAGAUCGAUGCAGUGUUGGAAAAGGCCAUGCACAAAUGUGUGCUGAAACCUCUGUACGGUUCAGUGCAGUCGGCCCUGCAUGAGUUCCAGGUGGCCAGUGGGUCGUGGGGGAAGCUCCAAGAGAAUCUGGCCCUGGCCAAGACCAAAAAACCCAGAGAACUGGGGGCGAACGCAGCCAGGCCACCAGACAGCCACGCCAUCCAUCGGAUACGCAGAAAACUUACAGCUAUGUGCAGGAUGUACUCGCCCGAGAGGAAGAUCGUGGUUCUGUUGAAAGUGUGCAAACUCAUCUACAGCAUUAUGCAAGAUCAAACAGUGCGGCUGUUCGGAGCGGAUGAUUUUCUGCCCAUGUUGACAUACGUGUUGGUCCAGUGUGACAUGCCUCAGCUGGACACAGAGAUCAUGUACAUGAUGGAGCUGAUAGAUCCACCACAGCUACACGGAGAAGGUGGUUAUUACCUCACUAGUGCGUAUGGAGCGAUGUCACUCAUCAAGAACUUCCAGGAAGAGCAGGCUGCCCUAGUCCUCAGUUCAACAACACGCGACACACUCCACCAGUGGCACCAACGGCGGACCAUGCUCAAAGAUCUGCCCUCUGUGGAUGACUUUCAGAAUUUCUUGCGUGUGGCUUUGCGGACGCCGGACAGCGGCUGCACAGCUAAAACCCUGCAGGUUCGGCCGUACGCCACCACGGAAGAGGUGUGCCGCCUUUGUGCCCUCAAAUUCCACGUGUCCGAUCCUGAAAACUACGGCCUUUUUCUCUUUACGGACGAAAGCAGCCAGCAGCUGACCGCAGACACACGUCCUCAGUGGAUUAAAGCAGAACUACAUAGUCGGCCAAACCCUCCGUCUUUUCAUUUUGUUUACAGAGGCACAAACAUAAGCAGAUGCUUGCUUGCCCAUCAGAAUCAUGGAAACUGCCAUAAAGACAAAACCAGCAAGAGAACUGCGUAACAAGUUUCAUAAACGCAAGAUGUUGUGUCAAUACCGGCAAAACAAGGGUGUGACUAUGAAAUGUGUACUUUGUAAAGAAAGAUAUGUAAAGAGGGAUAUUGCAUAAAAAAUGCAUCAUGUAUAGUUAGCACUUUUCUAAAAAUGGUUUUAAAAGGCUUCAAGUUCUUUUGGGCACUGAAAAAUGAGAAGGCAAUAUGAUAAAUUAUUUGUUUGGCAUUGUCAGUACUGUAGUAUUGAGGCCCUGAGGGCAAAUACUGUAGGAUUUAUUGUUCUCUCAUAAUUCAAUUCUCAAUAAAAUCUUAAAAGUACAUAUUCAGUUUAUCAUGUCCCCUCAAAAAACUGAAUAGAACGCUUUUUGUUUUUAAAUGCUAGAAAAGAUUUCAGGGAUCUAUUUUUGUAUUCUGGUUAGUGUUGAGAUGUCCCCUCUGCUGUCAAAGUCUCACAUCAACAGAAUCUGGAAUCUUUUAGCCCUGUGAGGAAAGCAGCUUUAAGAAUGUGACCUCUAUCAGAUAUCCAGCGUGAUGUGGCUUUUUUCCUCAUUUCACAACAGUGUGGGAUUGUUUUAUUGAGACUUUACACAUAUCUGAAAAAGCUCACUUUGCUUCGUAAAGUUUAGCAUUUGUGUAGCGCAACUUGAAAAAAGUAAUAUAUGUUUGCAAUUUAUGAUGCAUUUAGUGCUAUGCACAAGAAUAUGAUUUAUUUUAACUUUUUCCUGGACUGAAAAUGAUUAUUUAAAUUGUACAUGUUGUGUUUUUGGGGGUUUCCUCCGGGUACUCCGGUUUCCUCCCCUGGUCCAAAGACAUGCAUGGUAGGUUGAUUGGCAUCUCUGGAAAAAUUGUCCGUAGGGUGUGAGUGCGUGAGUGAAUGAGUGAGUGUGUGUGCCCUGCGAUGGGUUGGCACUCCAUCCAGGGUGUAUCCUGCCUUGAUGCCCGAUGACUCCUGAGAUAGGCGCAGGCUCCCCGUGACCCGAGGUAGUUCGGAUAAGCGGUAGAAAAUGGAAUGGAAUGGAAUGUUGUGUUUUUUACUCCCCUUGUACUAUAUUAGUUGCAGAAAAUUGCUUUACAUGUACCACCUCAGAAGAGUAAAAUGUGUUUUUUUCAUCAACAAAUCAAGUAGGCAACACCAUCAAAGUUUUUUCUCCGAGUUUAAUAUAAUCGUAAAUAGGUUACAAUUAAAGUUAAAAGUACUUCAUGGUAAUAAGGUAUGUAAAAAUUCACUCAAAUAAAUUAAAUGUAUUUCUUUACUCACUGUCAUGUUGUUCAAACCCUGUAAGGCUUUUUUCUGUGGAACACAUAAUUAGAUAUUUUGAGAAAUGUCUGCUUGGUUAUGUGUCCAUACAAUGAAAGUCAAUUAAUAAACUAUCACUUUGACAAUU